GAUGGAAUUGCGAAUUUCUCUUGACAGUGGCAUAACUUAUGCAUAAUAUAAAAGGUUUCACUUAAUUUUAUUACCAAUCAUGCAUACUCUGUUCUCUCGGCGACACCGAAAGAGUUCACCUUACGGCAGUUAUCCAGAUUCUUCGGAUGACAAAGCCUAUUGCAGCGAACACGGAGGCAGGCCAAGAACCAGGUCUCUAAGUCGCCAAAGUUUUGACCUGGAGGAUCCAGCUCGAUGUUGUCGCUCUGGGACUCCUCAUUCCGAGAAGAGGCGUGCUCAGUCCGUCGAUCGACAACAUUACUACCAUCGCCGCAGCCGCCCAGUGUCACCCCGCCGAGCCCGUCAUCAGGGUAGAGCCCAUCAUCACGGUAGAAAGAGACGCGACGAAAGCGAGCAGCAGUCCCAAGCUUCCCAACGCAAGCUAAAACAUGCCAUCAACGCAGCUAUCGACGCCGCUGCCGUGGAGGUAUUCCGUCUAAGAAAAGAGCCUGGUGAGUGGAUUGGAGCUAAGGGAACGAGAGUCGCAACAGCAGCGGUGGGUGCGGCGGUGCUAGACGCGAGGCAUGAUGGAUAUGCACAUAGACAUAGCAAGUGGACUUUGGCAAAGUCAACGCUUGGGGGUCUUGUUGCUAAUAGGCUGUUGAAUGGGCCUCGACACGAUCUUAGAUAUCAUCAAUACUGAUGAGAUGCGCAUAAGGAACAUGAGGCUUGGAAUGGAAGGAAUAAUUCGUUAAGAAGCGAAAGAGGUGGUCGAAAGUUGAUCAAUAUGGCGAAAGAUACGUUCGGCUCGGCGAUGACGGCACUAGCUUGGGCAUUAACACCGACUUCUCUUGCGUCUAGAAGCAGUUUAACGAUAGACUCAUGUCCUCUCGCCGCGCCACCCAAGGUGUAACGCUGCGAUCUAUGUAAAUGCUGGGGCAAUUUGUGUCUGUUUCGUAUCUUUGGCUCCCUUGCGCAACGAAGUGAGGCGUUGUGCUGAACGCAUGUUUUCAUGAUUUCGGGGUCACUUCAAUUUUGUUUUAUAAUUUUUUUUUUAUUGAUUGUAUAUGGUCCCAAGAAACAUAACUCAAUCAACACCAAGAUGAUCAUUUGGUCUUCUAAUUUGCUAGAGCGCUUUAGUAUAUAGGCUAUGCAGCCGAUGCAAACCAUUCG